AGCUCCAGCGCUGUGCUGUUUUCUGUCUGCUGCAGUGUGGCACAGAGAUUCAUGACACAGAUGUGGUGAUAGUUGAUAGGACUGAAAGCAGUUCUGCUGUGGAGGACUUCUCCCCCGGGGCUCUAGGACCCAGGAGAUUGAGCCGCCUGGGGGGUCUGUGGGACGCUCCUCUGGGAAAAAGAUCCGUGCUGCGUUUGAGUCUGCAGCCGUUUAAGGAGGAAAUGGGGCCUAAGUUUAACCUGCUGGCUCAUGCAACACUGACUCUUGAGCAUGUCCAGGAAGGUUUCAAGACCCAUGAUUUGUCACUAGUAGCAACAGAGGAUGAUCCAUUCUGGUUGCCUCUGUACGGCAGUAUGUGUUGCCGCCUGGUUGCUCAGCCUCUGUGCAUGAUUCAGCCAAUCAUAAGUGGCCAACUCAAGGUUAAGCUUGGAGAAGACCUUAAUUGCUGGGGAAAUGGCUUUAGUGUCCUCAGGGGGCAAAAUCUUCUCUGCUAUCAGAGUCAAGAAGACAUGGAGUCUGAGGACAAGCCAUUACUUGAAAUCCCCAUCACUCAGGUUGGUUCUUAAUGAACAAU